UGCAGCUGUUACUCUCUGUAGGAACACAUGACCGCUGCAGCUCUUUGACUGCAACUCCUGUCACUGUCUUCAUCAUUGUGACCCGCGAGCUCACUCCUGACGCCUAGAGAGAGGCAGACAUGGGACGACGACGGAACUGAAACCCUCAGCGCUCCGUUCACCAACUGCAUGCUGGGAACAUCCCGGUGCAGGUUGCUGUCGGCUGCGUCACCGAUGCCUCGAUGCCGAGCGUUCCUCAGCCAGUACCUGCGAUGGUCCAGCGCGGUGACCCGGGCGGUGACCCUGUGCGUGGUGACGUUCUGCGUGGUGCUGCCCCUGAGCUGCCACCGCAUGCUCUACUCCUCCUUCUUCCUCCGCUCCGUCUACCUCGACUCCAUGAGUGACCAGGCGCUGCAGGAGAGCCUGGAGCGCGGCCGCGGCGCGCUGCUCUUCUGGCAGGGCGCCUCCGCAGCUCCUCCUCCCUCCACGGCUUCCGGAUACGGUGGCCCCGAGCUGCUGGUUACCGUGGUGACGGCCAGGCGGAGUGAGGGGCGGGACUUCCACUACCUGCUCCAGGUGACGCGGCAGCUGAGCGUCCUGCUGGGGGGCUGCGGGGCGCGGCCGUGCGCCGAGGUCUUGGUCUGCGACGUGGAAAGCGGGCACCUGGAGAACCAGGACGCCAAGCUGCUGGAGGCCCACUUCAGGGUGAUCCGGCGAUCCCCGGCGGAGCAGCAGAGGGACCGCCGCGAGCGAGCCAACACCUUCGAGAGGGAGAAGAGGGAUUACGUCUUCUGUCUCCGAAAGGGCUGGGAGCUGGUUCAGCCCCGACACGUGAUCGUCCUGGAGGACGACGCGCUGCCGAAGCCGGACUUCUUCUCCGUGGUGAAGGAGCUGCUGUCUCGCCGCUUCGCCCGCCACACGCUCUACGUCAAGCUGUAUCACCCGGAGCGGCUGCAGCGCUACUGGAACCCCGAGCCGUACCGCAUCCUGGAGUGGGUGGGCCUGGGGCUGGUCGGGGCCACGGCCCUCCUGCUCGCCGCGGCGCUCUGGAACCACUGCUCCUGCUCCUUCUCGCCGUCGGCCGGCCGCCUCCUCUUCUUCACGCUCUACGUCAUGGCGGCCGCCGAGCUGCUGGGGCGCCACUACCUCCUGGAGGCGCGCCGGCUCUCCCCGCAGCUCUACGCCGUCUCCCCGGCGACGGAGUGCUGCACGCCGGCCAUGCUGUUCCCCGGCAACGCCUCGCUGCGGGUGGCCGAGUACCUGGACGGCUCGUUCUGCGCCAAGGGCAACGCCAAGGACAUGGUUCUGUACCGCAUGGCGAGGACGAUCGCCGGCGAGAGGGCGCACAGCGUGGAACCCAACCUCAUCACGCACAUCGGGGCCUUUUCCUCGGUCAGGGCCAAUCCAGCCAGGCCCAAACUCCUCUGAGAGGGGGGGCAGAGCAACAAGGCUGCAU